AUGAGUGGAAUUAAACACACCAUCACACAGCUCAAGCUGCUGCUGUCUCGGAUCCCUUUGAUCCUGAGAACGCUUAUCUUGCAUGGCAUUCGCAUGUCCCCCGUCUCGGGGAAACAAGAUCUACGCACUGAACUGAUCACCGUCGUCAUCCGCUCAUUCAUCACCGGCGAUGAUAAAAAACCGUUGGGCGUAACGCAGAAGAAUAGCAUGCGAGACCCUGGAAUUCAAGGCCCUAUGUGGGUAUCUAAGAUCACCCUACCGCAGCCCGAGAUGGAUGUGCGCGAUGCAGUUCUCCGUGCGAUCGAAGUCCUCGGCACUGGCCAAGAGACCUUCGAUAUCCCUGCCGCUCAAGCCGUUGAAGCCGAAUGGACAGGCUAUCGCCGCGGAGUCGGCAAGAAAGAACCACAGCCCGAGAUCUCCGAGGAAGAGAAAUAUAGCGCACUGCGCAAGGACAUCACCUCCGACAUGACGAUUCUAUAUCUCCACGGAGGCGCAUACAUGCUAAUGGACCCCUGCACGCACCGCGGAACCGUCUCAAACCUCGCCCGCCUAACAGGCGCCCAGGCCCUCUCAGUGCGCUACCGACUCGCACCGCAGAACCCAUUCCCCGCAGCCCUAGUCGACGCCCUAACAGCCUACCUCUCACUCACCCACCCACCAAAGGGGUCCCCGCACGCGCCCGUCCCCGCCAACAAGAUCAUCAUCGCCGGCGACUCAGCCGGCGGCAAUCUCUCCCUCGCCCUCCUCCAAACCCUCCUCACCCUCCGCCGCAUCUCCCACCCACUCACCUUCCACGGCAAAGAGGUAAGCAUCGAACUCCCCGCCGGCGUAGCCGGCAUCUCGCCCUGGUGCGACAUCUCCCUCUCCAUGCCAUCAGUCGUCAACUACCGCAAAUACGACUAUAUGGACAUCCGGCCCGGCGGCGUCGACGAGCCGGACUUCUCGAAGCCGUUCGCGCCGUUCGCGUUCCCGGCCGACGACGUCUGGCCCGCCUCGCCGCCGCGGCUGGACAUCUUCUGCAACGCAUCGGCAAUCGGUCACCCGCUCGUGUCGCCGAUCACGGCCGCACCUGAAUUGUGGACGGGCGCGCCGCCUGUGUUCAUUACUGUUGGCGAGGAGUGUCUUACGGAUGAGGCGCUGGUUCUUGCGCGCCGCUUGCAUCAGGGUGGUGUGGCUGUCGUGGCGGAGAUGUUUGAGGGGAAACCGCAUUGUCAUGCGAUUCUUAUGCCUUCGACGGCGACGGGGAAGAAGUUCUUUGAGGGGCUGUCUGGGUUUUGUUCUGAUGUUGUUGCUGGGAGGGUUACACAGAGCGGAUUCUUGACGCACUAUGGGUUUAAGUUGGGGAGUACGCGCCGGAUUCCGUUGGAGAAGGCUUGUGAGGUUGGUGAUGAGGAGGUGGAGGAUCGGUUGCGGACGAUUGCGAAAUGGAGGGGCGAGAGUGAGAUGGAGUUGCAGAAGGAGUGGCGUGAAAGAGCACGAUUGUGA